GAAAAAGUCCCAAGAACUGAUCAAAACAUUGUCCGGUUGCCCGUCUUCCGAGUUUUAGCGUCAGUGCCGUAAAAUGAGCUGGGAAGAGAAGGCCGCCGCCGCCGGCGUGUUGGUGGAGCUUCCUCUGGGCGACGCCGCGUCAAAUUUCAGUCUAGAAAAAGCGGUGUGCAGCCACGGCUUAUUCAUGAUGGCGCCCAACCGCUGGGACCCACACUCGAAAACCCUCAGGCGGCCACUUCGCCUUAAUCCCGACGGUGACGAAACCUCGCUUAUGGUUCACAUUUCUCACCCCACUCACUCGGCUGAUGCACUCCACCUCCGUGUUUUCGGCACGCACGCUCUAUCGCCUCAGCAGCAGCAAUCGCUGCUGAGUCAAGUGAGAAGAAUGCUGAGAUUAUCAGAGGCAGAAAAUAGGAGGAUGAAUGAGUUCCAUGAAUUGCAUAAGGAAGCAAAAGGGAGGGGGUUUGGAAGAGUGUUUCGGUCCCCUACAUUGUUUGAGGACAUGGUCAAGUGUAUUCUUUUAUGCAAUUGCCAGUGGUCGAGGACUUUGAGCAUGGCUCAAGCACUUUGCGAGCUUCAGUUGGAAUUGCAACAUCCUUUAUCCAGUGCAGCAAAUGCGAUGGCCGAAAAUGGAACUAUUUCGAGCUGUCAAACCACUGAAAUGAAACAUUUUGUUCCAAAAACACCUGCAGUAAAGGAAUCAAAGAGAAGGCUUGGAGUUCGUAAAUGUUCAAUAAAUUUAGAAAGCGGAUAUGCAGACAUAUUAGCAGUGGAAGCGGCUGAAAGAAAAACCAGUAGUGCUGAAAUAUCAGAGUGCUCCCAGGAAACGGGGAAACUAACUCCAACCUUCACAUCACCAGAUGUUAAGGACUUCCUUCAGAAAAGUGAUUCUUGGCAGACUUCUACCAGUGAUCUUCUGCCUCUAGAAGGGCCUGAAGGUAAACCUGAUUCAAGUUUUGUUCCUGUUCUUCAGACUUUAGUAGAGACAGAAGGUUAUGCCGGUACUGCGAUUGGGAAUUUUCCAAGCCCAAGAGAAUUAGCUGGGCUUGAUGUGAAAUUUUUGGCGCGGCGCUGCAGUCUUGGCUAUAGAGCAGCUCGUGUAAUAAAUCUUGCUCAACAAGUUAUAGAAGGCAGAAUCCCAUUGACGGAGCUUGAAUAUGCGUGUGAUACACUAAACUUAUCCAAGUAUGAUAAGCUAGCCGAGAAGUUGAGAGCAAUUGAUGGAUUUGGACCUUUCACAUGUGCUAAUGUGCUGAUGUGCAUGGGCUUUUACCACGUCGUUCCAACAGAUUCAGAAACUAUCAGGCAUCUGAAACAGGUUCAUGCAAAAAGCUCCACGAUUCAAACAGUUCAGGGGGAUGUUGAAAAGAUUUAUGGGAAAUAUGCACCGUUUCAGUUCCUGGCUUACUGGUCAGAAAUAUGGCACUUCUACGAGGAAUGGUUUGGAAACCUAAGCGAAAUGCACCAUUCUAGUUAUAAACUCAUCACUGCUGCAAAUAUGAGACCGAAAACAAAUAGAAGUAAGAGGAUGAAAUUGUCGCCAAAAGACAUGAAUGAUGGUUGUACUAAAGGAAUAGAGGCAUGAGUGUUGCUCUUGGCUAGUUGUGUGUCUAUCAGGUGUAAUUGCUGCUUCUGCUUCUGCUUCUGCGUGUUUGCAGUUCCAGCCAUUACACAUAUUUAUCUUCAUAUGAUCUUUCAAAUCAGAUUCCUGCACCACGCCUUUUACUUUCUAUAGAACUAUUGAUGGCGCAUUGUAAGUUCCCAAAAUGAUCUUCAUGAGUGUGCAGGUAUUCCGGUCAUCACAUCAGUUGUUUAUUAUGCAUGCUCCUCCAGAUGUAAUUUCUGAUUCAAAAUUAAGCCGAGUAAAGCAGGAUGUAUGUUAGCUGUUAUCA